AUGAGCAAAGCUUUAGCAGCUGGGGAGCGAGCGUUUGUCUCUGUUGCAGCUUUGCGCCUCAGUCGCCUGAUGCAGCACGAGUCUCCGCACCCUCAAAUAGUGUCUGGAUGGAGCAUGGAGGCUUCCCAGGAGGGCUGGAGGGUUUUGGCACUGAUUGCAUUCAUCUGCAUAGAGACCAUCAUGGAAUGCUCCCCUUGCGAAGGCCUUUAUUUCUUUGAGUUUGUGAGCUGUAGUGCAUUGGUGGUUACUGGAGUUCUGUUGCUUAUGUUCAGUCUGAAUCUUCACACAAGAAUACCGCAGAUCAACUGGAAUCUUACUGAUCUGGUCAACACUGGACUCAGCACUUUCUUCUUUUUCAUUGCCUCUGUAGUACUUGCUGCUUUAAACCAUAAAACUGGAGCAGAAAUUGCUGCUGUGAUAUUUGGUUUCUUGGCAAUGGCAGUGUAUGCUGUGAACACAUAUUUAGCUAUUAAAAAGUGGCGAAUGAACAGCAGACAACAAAAUAGUCGGCAGACAAGUGAUUACAUACGUGCUCGGACAGAAUCCAGAGAAGUAGAUCAUCGCCCUGAGAUUCAGUGUCUGGAUGCAUGAAAGCAACAUUCAAAUGGGACUGCAAAGGGAAAAGAAGUGCUUAACUCCCUCAUGGAAUAAAGGGUUUUUUCUUUAUUUAAGGAAGAAAAGGAAGAUCAGAUUGUGGCAAAGACUGCCCAGCCCUGCAUAUAUGCAGAGAUGCAUUGAGUCAGAAGCUGUUGUCAUGAAGGCAGUAAAUGUUGGUCAUUCAAAAGCAAGAUCCAUUUAAGAUGUCCACAUAUAUAUACACAUAUAUUAUAUAGCUUAUAUAAUAUAUAAUAUAUAUAUAUGUUUUGAAGUAUGUUAUUGUUUUGGAUUAACUGCACAGUACUUUCCUUCCCUCUCCAUAGUGCAAGCUCUGAAUAUACAUCUUCUGCCGUUGUUUCUGUCGUAAACACUAAGACCA